GGGGUACACAAUGCCACACAGUGCCUGACCCCCCUAGGUGAAGUAAAGAGGCUCCAAGUUCCCCUCCUUUUCCCCCCCCUCCCUCUCCCCGUGGUGAAGCCAUGCUGGCAAUCGUGGAGAUGGCCGCAAUGGUGGCCAUGGUGCUGAUCGUAAACGUUGGCGAUGGUGGUGAUGGUGGCAAUGGCCGCAAUGGUGGCGAUGGUGCUGAUUGUAAAGUGGCGAUUGUGGCGAUGGUGGUGGCGAUGGUGGUGGCGAUGGUGGUGAUGGUAGCGAUGGUGGCGGUGGUGGUCAUGGUGGCAAUUCCUGGCAGCGUUGGCGAUGGUGGCGAUGGUGGCGAUGGUGCUGAUCGUAAAGUGGCGAUGGUGGUGGCGAUGGCCGCAAUGGUGGCGAUGGUGGUGGCGAUGGUGGCGAUGGUGGUGGCGAUGGUGGAAGUUCCUGGCAGCGUUUCUUUUUCAGGCCUGGAUGUUAUAUAGCUCGUCGGGACGUGGGGUCCACAAUUCCGCGUCGGGAUACCCUGAUCUCCCGGCUGGCAUCGCUCCUAACCAAUACAUUGA